AUGUCUAAGUGCGUUAAUGGGUUGAGAAGCAGAUUAACAGCCAUCAUUGGAGCUUAAUGGGGAGAUGAAGGUAAAGGAAAACUUGUAGAUAUCUUGGCUGAGAAAUACGAUUAUUGCGCUAGAUUUAAUGGAGGAGCAAAUGCAGGACACACAAUAGUAGUUGGAGGUGUAAAGUAUGCAUUUCACUUGUUGCCAUGUGGAAUCUUAUACUAGACAUGUAUGAAUGUGAUUGGAAACGGAGUUGUGGUGAAUAUCCCAACUUUGUUUGAAGGUAUCUUUUAUAUUUAUUUAAAGAAUUGGCUCAACUGGAUAAAAAUCGAGUGGAUUAUACUGGAAGACUAGUCAUUUCCAAUAGAGCUCAUCUUGUAGUUGAUGGAUUGCUCGAGGCAGACGCCAAAAGUGAGAGUGAUUCAAGAAGUAUUAAUUAUUUCUAUCCCUAGAAAAAUUUCUUGGNCUAGAAAUUAUAAUUGGCCUGAAGAAGCUAAGUCAGAUGGAUUUGCAUUCGGCCAGAAGAUUCCUCCUUCUGAAUAUUCAGCUAAAGAGGUUGUGUUUCCUCCAGAUGCGAAGAGAGAUGAGGAGAGAAUUAGAUUGAUGUAUUUGAAAAGUCAUGGGAAUUUUGAAGCAGGGGAAUAGAAAAAUAGAGAAUAUAAUUGGAAGAUCAAUCCUAAUGAUUAUAGAUUUGGCAAAAAGGAGGAGAGAGAAUAGGAAUAGAUGAAGAAAAUAUUAUAACAUGAACUCACUUAAAAUUAAUAUCCUAAGACUACUAUAAUCUCAAAGAAUCAAGAAGAUUGGAAGAAUUACAAUGAGGACCCUUUGGGAAAACCGAAGAAUCAAGCGUAAUUGAAUCCCAGAAUGCCAUAGAUAUUUGGGGAGAUGAAAAAGGAUGAAUAAUGGACAGCUGGAUAAUGCAUCAAUGGUUAGCCUACUUAAAAAGAAGUGUAGCCUGAUCUUGAUUUAGGUAAAGCCACAAAAUUUGGCUUUAGAAAUUAACCAAAACCAGGGGAUGAAACCAGAGCUUUUGGAGUACCUGCAAUCAGGAAUGACAUAAAUAAAAAAGGGAUUAAAUCAGUUGCAGAUCCCCAAAAUUAUGGUGAUGAAGUACCGGCUGUAGCUCUGUUGUUCCCUGAAAAAUUCUCACAUAUGGGAUUAACAGAACAAGAUUUCUUAAGAUUAAGAACAAAAAAAGAAAUUAAGGAAAUUUUUGAAUCAAUUGGGAUUAAAUAUGGGAUUGGAAAAUUUGAAGGCAUAUUUAAAAGGGCAAAGGAAAUUGUAAUUAAAUUUAUAAUUAUUUAAAGCAAAGUGCGUAAGAUGACAAAGUAUCUGUAAAAGCCUUUUAAUUGGCAGUAUAAGAGAUGCAUUAUAUUGAUUGA